AUCGAUAAACUAGUACAAGGCUCGAAGAAAAUUUAUUGUAAUAUAGUGUAUUCAGCUUUAAUAAAUUGUUGUAAAUUAUUGGUUAAAUCGUGAAUUGUCGGUGUUAUAAGUAAUAUUAUCAAUCAGGAACGUGAAAUAUAUUUCAAGUUCAUCUACACAUUCGGAAAUUAUACUUCAUGAGCAAAUAAACAACGUAGUACUUUCAUGCAACUUAUAUUGUCCAACAUAUAAUGACAGACCAUUUUAUGCGAGAGAUCUUGCGAACAGCUGUCGCUCAAGUUUGUCAGACUAUUGGUUACCAUGUUGUACAAACAACCUCUUUUGAGUUGCUUCAGGAUAUUCUACAAAAAUUCCUUCAUGAAUUCUCUCGGGACUUGCGAAGACAAGUUGAACACUAUAAUAGAACGGAGGCAAGUUUGGAUGAUAUUUAUAUUACCCUAAGUAAUUUAAAUAUUAACAUAAGCGAACUGCUUGAUUAUACCAACAACGUGGAGCCAGUGCCCUUGGCUGUGGAGUUACCAAAAUUUCCAGCACAUAAGAAUACAAACUUGAAUUUUUUGAAGCCUGGAAGUAAGGAAGUUCUUAUUCGUCCUGUUCAUAUAUAUGAAUAUCUACCACCUAUGUUACCAGCAGAUUCGAAAAGUAUAUUGCCUUCACAUUACUUGCACUCUGAUUCACAGUUCCUUAAAUCGAGUUCGAUUAAUAUGAGUAAUGAUUGCGAAACUAAAACGGAACGAUAUUUACCUACAUAUACCAAUACAUUAACUUGUAUGAAUAAUGCGAAUAGACUAGGUGUGUCAAAAGAUUCUCUUGAUCCUUCUCAAGAGGGUCCUAAAGUCACGUUGAGUUCAUCUCAUAUGUUUGAUGAAGAAGGACGUCCUACCAGAGAAAUCAGUAGCGUUGUAAUGACAACAGGCGGCUUUAUUUCCCCCGCUAUUGAAGGAAAACUUCCGGAUACCAAAGUACCAAAAUUUGUCGAAAAACUGAUGGGCUUGGAUGCACCACCACCCACUUCGCCCGCUGCAGGUGUGAGUUCUGAAAAGUUUAAAACUGCAGAAUACAAACACCCCAGUAACAGUACAACGUUAACUGCAGGUGUUAACGAAGCUGUUCACACCUAUUCGUUGCAACCAAAACCGGUGCUAAAUUUAGAAAAAUCAGAACUUGCAGGGGACGUAGCAAGCCAGCUCGUGGUACCAUCUUCGAAAGAUUUGAUUCCGAACGAAAAUGGAUCUGAUAUAACUAAUAUAGGCGUUAUAAAGAAGGCUGGAUGGAGUCCUAUAACAAAGCAUAUGCAGAUGCCAACAAUUGCUACGAAGUUGCUCAAUAAAGCAAAAAAAAAAAGUCCUCUUGAUCUGCAAAAUGCAUUGAUAGCUAAAUCAUAUCUACCAGAUGCAAAAAAUUCCGACACUUUGAUAUCACCUCGAGUGGAAUGUUCGGAAAAACUUCAUAAAAAAAACAAAAGGAUGUUGCAGAAUCUAUUAAACCCAGGAUUCGAAUCAUGCUCAGUCUCAUCGGAUUAUAGUAAUUCUGUUCUUCAACGUCAUAAAAUUGAAAAGUAUCUCAAAAAACAAUCAAAACAUCAAAAAAAAUUGCUGCAUAAGCAAAAACAGAGCGAAGUAUUGAAGAAAAAUUUGGAGUUACCAAAGAUUAUUGGAGAUAAAAUACCCGUACCACUAUCAUCGAGUACGAAAACCUUACGCGCUAGUUCAGUUGUUAAGGAGAGUGUACUUCCUGAAGUACCAAAGGAAAAAACAUGUCUUCCGAAAUCCGGCUUAACCGAUAUUUCUUACACGUUCUCUCAAAGUAGCACUACCGAUAAUAGUAUUAGUGCAAAUAACAGUGGAAGUACGGUCGACAACGUGAAGCUGUCUCCAAAUGCUACUUUUCUGGAAAAAAAAACCUUGUCGGGUGUUAAAUUAUCGACCGAGCUUGAUAAAAAUAAAUUAAAUAUUUUUAAAAAAAUUUCGAAACAGAAGUCACAAAAACCAGCAUCACCAAACAAUCGUUUGCCUUCGACACAAAUGUCUGGUGGAAAUGACGGUCAAUUUAUCAACCUUCCUUGCGGGACUACAAUUACACCCACACCUACCAGUCUAAAAUGUAUGAUAGCAAGCGACACAAUUUUGCACAAUUCCGCUCUAAUAGAAAAAAAAUCAAAGGUGUCGGUUAAUUGCGAGCUAGGUGGCAUGGCCGAGAAUAUUUCUGCCAAUAACAUAACAGGCGUUAUUAUCCCAAACCAAAUAAGCCAGCCACCGUUACAAAUUAGUGAAGAUAUUAAACCUAAAAAACGUGGUCGUAAGCCAGGAAGCAAAAACUUACCAAAACAAAUAAUUGUUAGUCCUAUCGACUCAAAUGAUGUUUCACAUUCGAAGAAAUUGAAGAAGUUUAAAAAUUCUAAAUACGAUUCACAAUAUCCCCUUCAUUUAGAAACAAGAAAUUUACUGGAACUAACUAAUCCCCUCGAUAAGUUAACACCAACUUUAGGUCAUGGUGUUGAUGCCAUUACCUCCAGUCUAUCAGCGAAUAUAAAAGACGUUCGAAAAGAACGGAAGAAAACCAAAUCUAAAAAUUUGAAUAUGUCCACGACCGUGCAAAAAGAAUAUAACGCUGAAACAGCAGUUCCAACUAAAGAAGAAGUCAAUACUAUUAACAAAAAACUAAUGCGUAUGGAUACAAUUUUACAACCAUUGGGAGCGUUUAAUGAUGCCAUGGUUGAUCCGAAUGCGGAUAUUACGCAAACUUUAUCUCAUAAGCCAUUGUGUUAUAAGUCUCCUACUAGAAAGAGGCAAUCUCCACAGAUUCCGCUUCAAUUACAUACAAUUCCAAGUGUAAUGCCUGGUUCCCAUCAGUCGUUUAUGUAUAAACCAGUAAUGGGCGGGAUCCCUGAUCUAUUAAAACUUUGUCCGUUCCCAUCUGGACCUGGUCUCAUACCGCAUAGUGCUCAGAAUAUGUUAUAUCCGCGUUUACCGCCAACAUUUCAUUUACCUAUUCCAAAUUUGCGACAGCAAAGCACCACUAAGCCGAUAAUUACAGAGUCAACAAUCAAUCAUUCGUCGUUAGACCCUCUCUUACCCCUACUGAAUGAUGAUUUCAUUUUUUGCGAUGUACCGCAAUUCGUCCCCGAGUCAAUGACACACACAUCAACUUUGUCAAAACCAGAGAUGAGGAACCCAGAAACAGAAUGUUCAAAUCUCGAAUUUCAUAACUUGUCUACGUUUUGUGAAAAACUUUUAGAAACACCUGAACUCUGGGCUCCACUCGAAAAUAUUUCAAUACCAACAUCGCCAGGUUGUAUGUCGUUGAACACAUACGAAUUCCCAACACCAAAUGAAAAUGCUACCAAUUCUCUUAAGCCAAUUACAGAAACUCUUAUGUUCGGGGACGCAACAUCUUCUAUAGCUUCACCCACACUAAAUUUGGAUGAAAUAUUAGAACUUUUUGAUGAAUGCAAUGAACUCCCAUCAUCGCUACUCAAUAACUCAAAUUCGCCCAACCAGAGCGAAUUGGAUCAAAGUCAGCUUGAUUUAACAGCGACUCUAUUGAAUUUCUUUCAAAAGGAGGAUAUUUUAGCAAUUUGCAAUGAAACGGCGAAAAACUCAACAGAGUCGUCAAUCAGUGGCACAUCGUUGGAACCUACUCUGUUCCAAGCAAGUGGAGAACGUAACUAUUGCAACGUGCCACCUUUCGUUCCCGAAUCAAUGAAACUUACUCCACCUGAUGUUAUAUCUGAAAUGACGAAAGCAGAGCGAGAAUGUCCAAAAACUCCUAAGGUUCAGCACUCGACUACGGUCAGUGAAAAGAUACUAAAGACUCCUGAGAUUUGGAGUACCCCUGAAACGGGUUGCAAGUCGAUUCCAAGCACGCCAGGUGGUAUGUCGUUGAAUACAUACGAGUUGCAUUUACAAAACGAACGUGCUACAAAAUCUCCAAAGUCAAACGCGGAUAAUCCAGUAUUCGUUGGUGGUAUGUAUUCUAAACAUGCAUCGCCUAGUACAGUUCUAGCGAAAUCUUCUGCAGCUACGUCUAUUCUUAAUACCGAUGACCCUAUAGAAUUAUCCGACGAUUCCAUUGAGUACUCAACAACCAUGUUGAAUUCUUUAAGUUCGACCAAUUCCAAGGACUUGCAACAAAAUCAACUUCAUUUAACAACGACGUCUCUAAAUUUUUCUCAAAUCGAGGAUUAUGUACCUAUUCGAAAGGAUAUGACAAAAAAUUCAUCAGGUGAUCUUUAUUUGAGCGCAAAAGAUCCAAAAAUGUUCCCAAAGGCUAAUAAAUUUCUCAAAACUACUAAAAACUUUCUCCCAACUCCAACAGAAAAUGUGUCCCAAAUAGAUCUGUUUAGCUCAGAAAAACGUGGGGUCGGUAAAUUAGCAGGAGGUGCGGAUUUGAUACCAUUAAUUUCAACUGGUUCGGCGUAUUCUGCAAAAACUAUACCGUCCACCAGCUUAACAGCAACUGUAGCAGCUCCAUUUUCAUUAUCCAAAAAAGAUAUUUAUUCAACUAAUGCAUUUGAAAACUCAUUAUUAUCAACAAAUAUAACAGGCAAUGAGUUUUUGUCUGUAAAUAAUGAACUUCAGCGAAAGAAGAAAGAUCACAAAAAGCUAAAAAAGUUGAAAGACGACAAAAUCAAAAAGAAGAAGGAUAAGAAGGCAAAAUGUAAAGAACGUACAGAUCACCACGAAAAUUUUUUAAAUAAAAAUGAAAAGAGUCAUAAAGAGAAACUAAAAGAUUCUCUAAGGUGUGAUGAAGAACAGCAACUAGUGAAUAAAGAUUUAUUAAAAAAAUUAAAAAAGGAAAAAAAAAAGAAAAAUAAGCAGGUAUGCCAUAUUACCAUAUUAGAGAGAGUAUUUCGACUAAAUUAUAAAAUGCCAACAACACUAACACCAAGUUAAAAAUUCCUUUGAAUGAUGUGACGCCUUUGCUGAGAAGCCGGGUCGUUAAUUUUUUAAUUACAAAUUUGUGGAUCAAAAAUUGGAUUUUCAAUUUUGAAUGACAACAUCGGAAUUAGAAAUAGAAAAAGGAAUUUUUAAUCCAAGAUUAAAUGUUAGGAUUAGAAAUUGCAAAUCUAAUUUUUAUCCAAGAUGUUUGAAAUAAAAAAUUUAUAAGUUUAAAGAAAGUUUUUUUAAGGGGUUACAUGGGUUUCGCGGCUUCAUAAAAAAAAUAUUUUUUUAUUGUCUUAUUUAAUUCUAUAAUAUCUCUAGAAUAUUGUCCCAAAUUCUCAAGUUGAUAUCAGUAACAGUUUUGGAGAUAGAGCUUUGAAAAGUUGCGCGCUCGAGGUCAGCUAUUGUGUCACUGAAAACUUUAAACGCGUUUUUCUGGUUGGUUGUCAAGAUUUCUCGCGAACUACUCAACCGAUCGAAUGAAAUUUUAUACAGGUGUUUGAGAUGCAAUUUACUCAUACCUGGACGAAGGAUUUUUUUUUCAAUUACAACUAUUUUAAAAAAGGAAAUGUCGAGCAAAUUUGACCGAAAUUUUAUUUUUGUUUUGGAAAAAAGUCUGGCAAAAUUCCAAUUCGAACUUGUUUUUUUUCCUUCGUUCAAGUACGAGUUUAAGGUAUGAACUAAAACACAUAUAUAUUUAUUAGUACUUUAAAUGAUCUUGUCAGGAGGUAUGCUUACAACGCGGACGCACCUUUUUUUCGAGGGGUUACCGGAAAUGACGUUACAAUGGCGGAGUUUUUUUUGAAAAUUUCAGAAAUUAUUCUCUAAAUGUUUAUCUUUAAGACAAAAAAAUUUGAAUUCAAUAAAUAAUUUUUUAUAUAAAAAAAAAACAAUUGAAAAUAGGCCGUUUUUUACCCAACGAAACCAUGCAACCCCUUAAUCCCGUAUUUGUAAUUCAAAAUGGGGUUGUUUUGUCAAUCCUGUAUCUGGGAUUAUGAAUUUAAAAAUUAUUUUAAUUAUGAUUUAAUUGAAAUAUUUUUUAAAUGAAUUUUUUGCAACCCUGCCUAAGAGUAGACUAUAGUGAGAGAUGAAUCUGAUAUAUCAAAUUGGCUUUUGAACUACACAAAAAAAAUUUGAUUUUUACUACGUGAUUGGUAUAAAAACGCAAUAAUAUUAAUUCGGUCUUAAUACUCUCUGUUAAUUUAUAAUAGUAGCAUAAGACGUUAGUUAACUUGCUUUUCAUACUACUAUAAUACAUACCAUACCGCUCGUUUAAAAUAAUUGAUAAAGUAAAUUUUUUUUAUAUAAACAGUAUAUAUAUUACUUUAUAUUGUCCGAUGCACAUACACUGUUUAAUUAUGAUUAUUUUUAUUUAAUCUGCAUCGUAGUUGCAACUUAUGAACACGCAAAAAUUGUGCAUUUCCUACAAAAUCGGUUUUAUUUAAUUACUUCUUUGCAUUGAGGACUCCGCUUACGAAAAUAAUAUCUGCCAGACCGAUCACUCUCAUAGCAUCCAUCAUGUUACAUAAAUCACCUUAUGCAAUAUUUUCUUUGCAAAACGCCUAAAGCUCGUUAUAAAUCCAUUCACUAUAAAGUAUUAGGAUAAUUAUAUAUGUAUAUAAAAUAUAUACUUAUCAAACAAAAUAACCUUAUAGAAAUUAGUACUUUAUAGAUAGUAAUAAAAGGCAAAAGUUAUUAACACUUUACACUAGUUAUAAUAUAAUUAAAAUGUAUUUUAAUGCAUACUUUGUACAAAUAUAUAUUUAACUGACGUGUUAUGAAAAAUAUUGUUUAGCUAUUUUCGGAAGACUUGGUC